UGGCAGCCAGUAACCUGAGCUUGUCCAACUUCGCUACCAACGGGGGGAGAAGAAAUAGCACGUGGGGACCGAAUUUAAGGCAUUAAGUCGAAACAAGACUUGUGGAGUGUGGCAGUGAAUCGCUGUGUGAACAUCCCGCAACUUUCGAAUCCAAGAUGUCUUCGUCAGUCAAGACCACCACCAAAUAUGUAUAUCGUUCCUCGGGAACCUCGGGAGACGUGUCUGUCGAAUACGGCACGGAUCUCGGAGCUUUAACUCGUCUCGAGGAUAAGAUCAGGCUGUUGCAGGAAGAUCUAGAAUUCGAGCGGGAGCUGAGACAAAAGAUUGAAAGGGAGAAAUCUGAAUUAACAGUUCAGCUCUUUUCAGUCAGCGACCGAUUAGAAGAAGCCGAAGGAAGUUCCGAAACCAACGUCGAGCUCAACAAACGAAGAGAUGCCGAACUGGCUAAAUUACGCAAACUGUUGGAGGAUGUUCACUUGGAAAGCGAGGAAACUGCCCAUCACCUCAGAAAGAAACAUCAGGAGGCCAUCUCCGAGAUGCAAGAUCAAGUCGACAUGGCUAACAAGGCAAAGGCUAAGGUAGAGAAGGAGAAACAAAAAAUCCAAGCAGAGUUAUUCGAAUUGUUGGCUCAAGUGGAAAGUGCUCACAAAGAGAAGUUGACUGCUCACAAGACGGUAGAGAAGUUGGAAAUAACAAUCCACGAAUUGAAUGUGAGAAUUGAAGAACUGAGUCGCACUGUAACCGAAGUGACCGCUCAGAGAGCUCGCUUCAGUUCCGAAAAUAUCGAAUUAUCCAAGGAAGUUCAGGAAUACAAAAUAUCGUUAGAGAACGUCAAUCAUCUGAAGGGUCAACUGGCUAGCCAACUGGAGGAAUCACGACGAAGAUUAGAAGAUGAAGAACGAAGAAGAGUUAGCGUGGAACAACAGGUGCACACACUCGAAAUGGAACUGGAAUCCAUCAAGGUGCAGUUAGAAGAAGAAUCUGAAAUCAGGCUCGAUACAGAACGUCAGCUAAGCAAAGUCACUGGUGAUGCUUCGACUUGGAAAUCUAAGUAUGAAACAGAAUGCAUGGCACACGCAGACGAAGUAGAAGAACUCAGACGAAAGAUGACCCAGAGAUUCACAGAAUACGAAGAACAGUUAGAAUCCCUCCUCAACAAAUGCAGCAACUUAGAGAAGCAGAAAUCUCGUCUCCAGAGCGAAGUGGAAGUUCUUAUCAUGGAUUUAGAAAAGGCUACGACUCACGCUCAAACCUUGGAGAAACGAUGCAUCCAGGUAGAGAAGAUAAACAACGACCUGAAGGUGAGAGUCGAGGAACUGGUCGUUCUGUUGGAACAGGCACAGAGGGAUGCCCGAAACCGUGCGGCCGAGUUGCAGAAAUUACAGCACGAGUACGACAAAUUAAAGGAACAGAGAGACCAUUUGGCUCGUGAUAACAAGAAGCUUACCGAUGACUUAAACGAUGCCAGGAUGAAGCUGAGCGAUGCCGAGAGACGAAUGCAUGAGAUGGAAGUCGAGAUUAAGAGAUUAGAAAACGAGCGAGAAGAACUGAGCUCUGCCUAUAGAGAAGCUGAGGCAUUGAGGAAACAGGAGGAAGCCAAAGCAAUGAGACUGACCGCCGAAUUGACUCAAGUUCGUCACGAAUACGAAAAGAGGAUCAUCGCCAAGGAGGAGGAAAUCGAAUCGUUGAGGAAGCAAAUGCAAAUCGAAAUCGAGCAGCUGAGCCAGAGAGUUGCCGAAGCCGAAGCUAAAGUGAAGACCGAGGUUGCGCGCAUCAAGAAGAAAAUGCAAGUGCAGAUCACCGAAUUAGAAAUGUCGUUAGACGUGGCUAACAAACAGAACAUCGACUUGCAAAAGACCAUUAAGAAGCAAUCUCUGCAAAUCACGGAACUGCAAGCUCACUACGACGAGAUCCACAGACAGUUGCAACAAACUGUCGAUCAGUUGGGAGUAUCUCAGAGACGUUGCCAAGCUCUUCAAGCCGAACUUGAAGAGACUCGCGUCAAUUUGGAGCAGGCUCUUCGUGCCAGACGCAUGGCGGAACAACAAAUAGAAGAGGUCACCAGUCGCAUCAACGAACUGACUACAAUCAACGUUAAUUUGACCUCGGCUAAGAGCAAACUCGAAGCCGAAUUUAUGAGUUUGCAGUCCGAUUACGAAGAGAUCAACAAGGAAUUGAGAAUUUCAGACGAGCGCUACAACAGAGUCCAGAUUGAACUGAAGAGUACCAAAGACGUGCUUAUCGAAGAACAAGAACGAUUGGUUAAGAUCGAACAGAUCAAGAAAUCCUUGGAAAUGGAAGUGCACAACUUGACAGUCCGCAUUGAGGAGGUCGAAGCUAACGCUCUGGCAGGAGGAAAGAGAGUAGUUUCAAAACUAGAAAGCAGGAUCCGAGAUAUCGAAAUCGAGUUGGAAGAGGAGAAGAGACGCCACGUUGAAACCCAGAAAGUAUUACGAAAGAAGGAAUACCGAAUCAAAGAACUGAUCGUCCAAGCAGAAGAGGACCACCAGGCCAUCACCGUUCUGAACGAUUCCGUCGACAAACUGAGUGAGAAAUGCAAAAUGUACAAACGACAACUGGUAGAACAGGAAGGAAUGUCGCAACAGAACUUGACUCGCGUGCGUAGAUUCCAAAGAGAACUGGAAGCUGCCGAAGAGCGCGCGGAUCAGGCCGAAAGCAACUUAUCUUUGAUCCGUGCCAAGCACAGGUCCUGGGUAACGACGAGCCAGAUUCCAGGAGGAUUGAAGCAGGUGAUCGUGACGGAAGAGACAUCGUCCACCACAUCCCAAUAUUAGACUUUACCAAUUACGAUUUAGUUGAUUUUUUUCAUCACCCGAGUCCGAAAUUAACGAAAUGACCUUACCUCGAAGCCCGGGUUAUCGCCGCCAGACAAUAGAGUAACCGAAUUAGGGACCAAAAAAAGAGUCCCUAAUUCCCCACCAUAGUUUUGUCAAGAGUUCCCGUCUGGAAGAAAUAAAGUCGCCCUCCCGUUAAAGCGUUGUGUCGAUCUUGUUCCUCACACACAAAUAAAAUAAAUAAUAUACAGGACAGACGAAAAGUUGAUGUGUAAAUUCGUGCUGUCUACUCUCCAUUACUUUACCCAACUACGAAGAAUGGUAACUCAGCCAACACUCGAAACCUAGAAAUAGUUUCGUGAUUUUGCUGAAUUUAUACGAGAAGUUUAAGUUUCAAAAAAAAAAAAAAUUGUUUAACGAAAUGUACUGAAUAAAUAUUAAUUACUAUAA